AUGAGUCUCCUCGGGAGCUACCGGAAAAAGACCAACAAUGAUGGCUAUGAAUCUUUGCAGCUGGUGGACAGCAACGGUGACUUCUGCAGCAGCCGGGAGCGAACCGGCGGCGUCGGCGGCGGCAACCUCGGCAAACAAGGGGUGAUCCCCGCGGUGGUAGCAGCAGCCAGGAGCCCAGCGCGACAGCAUCAGCAUCAGCCGCUCGACUGCAGCACCAUGGACAGCUCAGGUGCCUCUUCUCCUGACAUGGAGUCUAGCUAUGGGGGAGGAUUAUUGGACAUGAUGAAAGGUGGUGCAGGGAGACUCUUCAGCAACUUAAAGGAUAACUUGAAAGAUACUCUAAAAGAUACUUCUACUAAAGUGAUGCAAUCUGUUGCAAGCUAUGCCAAGGGAGAAUUAGAUAUUUCUUAUAUUACCUCAAGAAUUAUUGUGAUGUCAUUUCCGGGUGAAGGAGUCGAACUGGGAUUUAGGAAUCAUAUUGACGAUGUGCGGACAUUUCUUGAUUCAAGGCAUCCUGAUCAUUACACAGUUUUCAAUUUGUCACCAAAGUCUUAUCGUACUGCACGGUUUCAUAAUAGGGUAUCUGAAUGUAGUUGGCCAAUUAGACAAGCACCAAGUCUCCAUAAUCUCUAUGCUGUAUGUAAGAAUAUGCAUAACUGGUUGGAGCAGAAUCCCAAAAAUGUUUGUGUCAUUCACUGUAUGGAUGGUCGUGUGGCGUCAGCAGUCUUGGUCAGUGCAAUGUUCUGUUUCUGUCAUCUCUUUUCUAAUCCAGCUUCUGCUGUUCAAUUGCUAAAUUCAAAGAGACCUGGAGUAGUACUCUGGCCAUCCCACAGAAGGUAUUUAGGGUAUAUUUGUGAUCUAAUAGCAGACAAACCUGUCCAGCCUCACUGCAAGCCUAUAACCAUCAAAUCAGUCCUCCUUAGUCCAGUGCCCUGUUUCAACAAGCAGAGAAAUGGCUGCCGACCUUUCUGUGACAUCCUUAUUGGAGAAACUAGAAUAUUUACAACAUCACUGGAAUAUGAAAGAAUGAAGGAAUUCCGUGUUCAAGAAGGAAAAGUUGUUAUUCCACUAGGAGUCACUGUCCAUGGUGAUGUAGUUGUUUCUGUCUACCAUAUGAGAUCCACCAUUGGGGGACGGCUGCAAGCUAAAAUGACAAACACACAAAUGUUCCAGAUUCAGUUUCACACUGGAUUUGUACCUCUGGAAUCAACAACAUUAAAAUUUACUAAGCCUGAGCUGGACGCAUGUGAUUCACCAGAAAAAUAUCCCCAUCUCUUCCAUAUCAUUGUGGAAAUGGAAGUAGAUUCGACUGAUAGGCAGACUGACUUAACUCCUCCAUGGGAGAAUUUCACCACAAAAGACAUCAACCCGAGCAUUCUUUUCUCAUCGCCUCAGGAACAUCAAGACACUCUUGCUCUGGCAGGUAGAAGUUCUGUAGAUGCAGUGCAAGAUAACCUAAAGAAUGUUGGCCAGGGUGCAUUCUUGUCAUCUCUCAGCUGGCAAGAUCAAAAGGCAGAAAGAACCAGUUCUCAUCCCAGCUCUGAGGACAGGGCAGCACUGGUCCAUGAAGAAAGCGAGCAAUCUGAUGACGAACUCUUAUCCCUCUCCAGUCAGCACAGUGGCACUAGCACUGACAAAAUUCACAGCACUUCAAAGCACAGCAAAAAGCAGCCAGAGAAGCCAGGCCCACCUCCACAAGAGGAUGUAGAUCUUUUAGGUUUGGACGGCACUCCUAUGAACUAUCCAGCAGCCCCCACUGCACCACCAUCUAACUCAGACUUGCUGAGUGACCUUUUUGGGGUUGGAAAUUCUGGAGGAUUAAAUCAAGGCGGUCAGGGAGCUGUUGAAGAUGUCUUUCAGAUGGGUGGAACUGGUUCAGCACAGUCAACUCCACGGCGGCCUGCAUCUUCAGCCUCCCCAUCGUUGUCCCCAAGAAUAGGAGAAGCAUCUGCCUUUGACCCAUUUGGGGGUAGUCCUAAGCAACCUGUCCCAGAUCUUUUAGGCUCUUUCCUUUCAUCAAAUGCCAAAAGUGAUCCUUUUCUUCAAGCAACAAGAAGUCCUUCACCUACAGUGCAUCCUUCCAGUACACCAACUGUUUCCAUUCAGCCAGAUAUUUCAGGAGACUGGGAAUGGCCUAGUAAAUCAGGUAUGGUGAGCAAAUCAACUGCUUCCAGCCCUACAGGAUCAUUGCACAACACCCCCACACAUCAAGCCAAACCACAAAGUCUGGAUCCUUUUGCUGACUUGGGAGCUCUUGGCGCAAAUCUAGCAGGUUCAGAUUCUAAGCCCAAACUAUCUGCGGAUUUUGAGGAUCUCUUAUCUGGUCAAGGUUUUAAUGCUCACAGAGACAAAAAGGGUCCCAGAACAAUAGCAGAGAUGCGAAAAGAAGAAAUGGCCAAAGAAAUGGAUCCUGAAAAAUUAAAAAUCCUUGAGUGGAUUGAAGGGAAGGAGAGAAAUAUAAGAGCACUGUUAUCUACCAUGCAUACAGUGCUAUGGGAAGGAGAAACGAAAUGGAAAACUGUGAGCAUGGCCGAUCUUGUAACUCCAGAACAAGUGAAAAAGGUUUAUCGGAGAGCAGUACUUGUUGUUCAUCCUGAUAAAGCUACCGGACAGCCAUAUGAACAAUAUGCAAAGAUGAUUUUUAUGGAGCUCAAUGAUGCUUGGUCAGAAUUUGAAAACCAGGGUCAGAAGCCUUUGUAUUAGCAUUCCUCCUCAGACGUUGCUGUAGAUCUGUGCUAGUGCUUGUAUCGUUCCCUGCCACAUGAUUUUCACAGCUGAACUGAUGUCUGGCUGGAGAUGUAAAAGUAUUAAUACUAGCCCGAUUUAAAAAAAAUACUCUUCAUGGAAAAGGAACAGAAAAGAAGGCUGAUCCUUAUGAAUUACAGAUGCAAAAAGAAAGGAGUUUUUGGGACUGAUUUAUAAUGUUCUUUCAGAUUUAAACAGGCAUUCUAGUAAACUAGGAUUGUUUGCCUUGAAACAAGUGAAAUGAAAUUGUUUCUUUGCCUUUAGCAAAAGGGACUCUGUACCAUUUUGGAUGUGGCUUGAUUUUGAAGUUUGUAUACAGAACUAACACAAAGUACGGUACAUCUUCAUUCAUAUGCAGUUAUUUAAAACACUCUCUUUCUUAUCCCAAUUGGCCCUUAAACUGUUUGUUUUAUUAUAUUUUGAAUAUGUCAGAUAAAUAAUUGGAUUAUAUUGCUGGUAACUUAUUGCAGCCUUAAGCAUAGCAUUGCAUUUCAAGUCUGAGAUUUAAGCAGACAUUCUUCACCAUAGUUGAAUUGGGAGUUGCAUCUUUAAAUAAUCUAUUAUGUUAAAUCAGAAACCUCUUGGAGAUGGUAUCAGUAGCACGCUGUGUUGACUGUUCUGCACUAAUAGAAAACUGAGGGUGUGAUUAUAUCGCAAGCUUUUAAAAUUCCCCAUUGAGAUAUAUUAUCUUCUUACAUACAGAUGAAUCUUUGACUUUUUCUUUAAUUAUGUUCUUCCAAAAUUUUAAUCGAGUUCAAUUAAACAUACGCUUUCCAGAUAAUUUUUAAAUACAACCUGAGUGCAACAAAAGCUCACCUUCUAAGCCUCUGGAAAUAAUUUAUUUUAUAACUUAUUCAAAUCUUACCUACAAUAGAUAUAUUGGCUCAAAAAGCAAUAAAAUACAAACAUCUGUAUGGUACCUAUGAAGAUAAAAGUGAUUUUUUCCCACCUUCUUACAAAACUCAUUUUACAUAGUACUCUUUCCACAGAGAAACACGUAAUGUCGAUUUUAUUUAGGGGCAUUACCUGAAUGGGAUCCAGUCAUAGGCAAUUGUGCAUUUUAUUUUUCCUCCUAAACAACUGUCAUUAAGUCAGUUUAAGUCAGGAACAACCGUGUAGACCUGGACUGAGUAUUAUUGAUCCUAAAGAGACUUUUGAAAAUUGUAUUUCUCAUUUAUUGAAUGUAGGUAGCACUGCAGUCCUGUCACACACUAGAAUAUAUUAUAUAGC